AUGCACUUUGUUCAAGCACUUUCACUAUUAGCCAUUGCAGCUCAGUCGCUAGCAGAGUUAACUCAGAUUAGACUCUAUGCCCGUUCGGAAGACCCUCAGCUCGACGGCAAGGGCCUAAGUCCCGUCCAGGAAGGUUCUGGAAUAAACUACUUUUUCACAACUUCGAACCAAGCGAGACAAUUAACGUAUGAUGACGAGCAGCACAUCAUAUACUUACAAGUACUCCGUCAGUUGAGGUACCAGUUCAGCCGUGAUUCAGAUAUAGUCCAGUUGAGUGUUCUCCCUCCCGAGUACGUAGAAAUCGACGCCGAGGGGCUUUUACAGUUUAACGGAAGUGAUAAUUUGUGGGCUUCCAAAAACUCGUACUAUGAUCCUAACGGGUAUGCCAACGGCAGCCAUGUCAUUCUCGUUGGGGAGCCCAAAGACGGCGUGCCAAUUGAAAUCGUUGCCAAAACGGUUGAACUUCCAACCGAGUGA